UUCAGCGAGAGAGAGAGAGAGCGCGCGAGAGAGAGAGGAAGAGAGACCCAGGGCCUACCCAAAAUCAGCUGGUAUGAGGAACGCUGCCGCUGUUUCAGAUCAUUUCAUUCCCCGUCUACUCGAACGACGGGAGGCAGCAGCAGCAGCUGCCUGGGCGAGUGAACCUGGCAUAUAUAGAGUCAGUGCGAUUCGAGACCUCGUUGGGGCAGGGCAUGCGGCGGGGGUUUCCUCUCGUCUAUACCUCCUUUCGGUGAAGCGACGCCUCUCUCGAGGGAAGAACUUCCUCUUCUACAGCAGUGAAUCAUGUAGAAGUCGAGAGAUCCAGUGAAACUAGAAUUUUCUUUUGCCUUUUUUUUAACUAGUCUGACGAGAUGAUUGAUAGUUGUUUUCAUAUCUGAGUGAGAAUAUUUUUUUUUAUCCUUUUUAUCGUAUCAGAUUUCGAAACUUAGAAUGAGGACAUGGAUCGUUUUGCGUUAGUGUUGUUCGUUGCGGGUUUUCUCACCUGUGGUUUUGCCGCGGCCAGUAAUACAGGCGCCGCUGCACCAGUGAUCAAAGAGCAACCGGAUAACGUUAUUGCCCGCAGAAACGACCCAGCGACUCUUAAUUGCGCCGCUGCAGGUGCAACGAGCAUUACCUGGUUCCGCGAUGGGGAACAGGUGGUGACGUCAUCCCAGGACCCUCGGUCCCACAGGGUCCUCCUCCCCUCCGGGUCGCUCUUCUUCCUGCGGGUGGCGACUGGAAGGCGAGACACCGACGCCGGAACCUACUGGUGCGUCGCUUCCAAUAGCUACGGGGUGACGCGCUCCCGAAACGCGUCGCUCGUCGUGGCCUCCAUCUCCUACGACUUCCAGGCGCAAGCUGAGGCCCUGGUCAAAGUCAGGGCUGGGGAAGCCGCUGUCCUGCCCUGCAAGCCGCCGAAGGGUUCCCCGGAGCCGUCGAUCAAGUGGGUGAAGAACGGGCAGGAGGUGGGGAACUCGAGUCGCGUCUUCGUGACGCCCGACGGGGACCUGGUCAUCAACCAGACGCUGAAGGAGGAUUCGGCCACCUACGUCUGCGCUGCCACCAAUGUCGCAGGGAGUCGGGAGUCGCCGCCGUCUGAGCUGGUUAUCAUGAAUCCACCAUGGAUUCAACAGUAUCCUAAUAAUGUGACGACAGCAUCAGGUGUACAAAUAGAACUGGAAUGCAAAGCUCUUGGGUCGCCCCCACCAAGAGUGACAUGGUACAGGCCCGAUGGCAAAAUCCCGUACAGUCGAUCUAAAAUAGAGGAGACCAAGCUAACAAUCGAGCAGGCUGCUGCAACUGACUCAGGCAUAUAUACUUGCGAAGCCUCCAAUGAAGCAGGGAGCAUCUCGGCCAAUGCCACAGUCACAGUUGUUGAUGCCCCAGUUUUAACAGAAAAGCCCCAAGUGGUUAGAACCACAGCUGGAUCUAAACUUGAGAUGGUCUGCCGCGUUGUUGGUAAUCCAGAGCCCAUGACAGUCUGGAGACUACCACCUCGGAACAGAACAGCGCUACUUCUCCCUUCGCAGAGCAAUGGACACGCGAGUGUUUCGCACGAUGGACAAAUACUCACAAUAGAACAGUCUACACCCCUUGACAGUGGAGUUUACUAUUGCUGGGGUAUCAGUAGCGGUGGAGGUGUUAGUGCACACACUAAAGUUAUGGUUGUAUCUGGGUACCCACCUCCUGUGAUUGGUGUUGGACCAAAGGAUUUGACUACAGCUCCUGGAAGUAUUGUUUCAUUGCCUUGUGAAGUAGUUAGUGAGUCUGCAACACCUAAAGUCUCGUGGUUUUACAGGGCAGCUCGUGGGGUACCUCCUCACCAAAUUUUGGAAAAUAUCGAUAAUCCGAGGUUAUCAAUUACUAUUAAUGGUGCACUCAUCAUCAAAGACAUUCAGGCUGAAGAUGCUGGUAUCUACAUAUGCAGUGUAAAGGCAGACACAGGCAAAACUGAACAGGAGGCCAUUUUACAAAUUAAAGAAAAUGCUAACAUGAAAAUCGAAAAACGGUUACCAGCCCCGCCAUCUAAACCUCAAGUGACAGCCAUUAACGAAACUUCUGUUUAUUUAAGAUGGCUCCCAAACUCACAGGGAACAUUUGACUCGGAUUCAUGGUACACUGUUGAAUUUUGGAAAUACGGAUGGGAAAAGUGGCAAGUUGCCUCUACUGUUGUGAAGGAUGAGUCAUGUAUAAUUAGUGAUCUAAAACCAGGGGAAGUUUAUACAUUUUUCAUCCGAGCAGUUUCUAAGCUAGGAGCUUCAUUUCCAAGUCCAUGGUCAGAUCCAUUCUUGACCCAUCCAUCAGGAGAUUCUGCUGUGCAACCGGACCUUCUUCACCAUGCCCGGCGUCGCUUGGCACGACCAACUGUUACCCUCACUGGCGCAAAUAUUACUGGCCCUAGCAGUACUCUGCUAACCUGGCAGUUCCUAACAAAUCCAGACAUAAUUGAAGGUGUGCUUGUGUAUUUUGUGACUGGAGGUGGAACAAUAAAUGUUGCUACAGUAUUAGGAUCGUCUUCCUCAUCUCAUCAUUUGCAUAGUCUGGAACCAUACACUGGUUAUACCUUUUUUAUUGUUCCAUUUUGGCACAGUAUUGAAGGAACUCCAUCAAAUUCGCUUUCUCUUGUUACACCAGAAGACAUUCCAAUGGAGUCUCCUGCCAAUGUGGAGUUCACUUUGCAAGAUGAUGGCUCAGCACUUCUAACAUGGUCAACACUGACUCUUAAAGAAGCUCGAGGGAAGGUCAUUGGCUACCAGGUCACUUUGACCCAUAAUGGGAGUCAGAUAGCAGAAGCAGUGUCUGAGCCAUUUCUGAUCAUUAAAGAUUUGGUACUGGGGCCUCUUUAUACGGUAAGAGUAGCUGCGCAAACAGGGGCUGGGCUGGGACCCUUCAGUAGCCCAGUGUUAAUGGAUCUCGGGAUUGAUCUUAGUAGACAGCCUCAUCAACAUGAUUCUUCUCAUAUUAUCAACAGUGGUUCUGCAGUCCUCUAUGCCCCAGGGCAACAGACGUGGUUAAUAUACUUACUGGUACCUGUUGUGCUUUUGUUAUUUGUAGCUACCCUGUAUUACGUUAGAAGACUUCACCAAAAAUCUAAUCUUAAUGCUUCACAAACCCCAGUUGUUUACCAAGAUCCAACUGCUUACCCAGGCCAUCCCUCUAUCAACAUGUACAGUGAGCACAAACUGUGGCAACCCAGUACCUUCGGAAAUUCCACACUGUCUUCAGUCAAACUGCUUCCUUCGGAUCACCAGCUGAACGAAUACGCAGAGCCAAGAACCCGACGCGUGGAAGAGAUGACAGAGCCUUACGCCACAACGUCUCUGUUGAUGCGGCCACCUGCAGCACGAUGCCACGGCGGAAGUGUCCCAAUGAGACAACUCCUCUCAAGAGAAGGGUCGCCAUGCGUUCGAGUGAACUGGGCUGCCUUCCUCCCACCCCCGCCAUCUUAUCCACCACCACAUGACUUGGAUUUAGGCGACCCUAAAUGUCAGCGUAUGCAUAUGCAGGAGGGUCCCAGAUUGUACGCUGCAUCCUCCGAAUACGACAAUAUAAGUACAUCUGCAAAAUACAGGAGACCUUGCGAUGCUACGUCCGAGCGCAGCUAUUACAUGUACACACAGCUGCCCGUGAGUCGAUACCGCAGUGGGUCGCUCACUUUCCAAAAUAACAAGACGAACAAUAAUUCCGAGAGGCUAAAAAGGGACCGCAGGCCGAAAAGGCCAACUUUCCCGCCUUACAAUAAUACCCAGUAAAUACUUUUCUGCAAAUGCUUCUCCUAAAAGCAAAAUAGUCUUAGCCUUUAAGGGCCGUUUUAAUGUCCGUACUUUUUUAUAUAUAACCAAAGCCAAAGCUCUUGAAAUGUGUACCUGUCCCUUUCACUUCUCAAAACUUGACGCCUUACUGAAUUUAGAAUGAGACUUGGUAAGACAUGAGGGCAAAAUAGUCGAGCAAUUUUUUUUUUUUUUUUUUGUCCUUUAACCAGUUGUUAUUCCCCAAAAAAUAACCUCUAUUCAACACCAAAAUCUGUAUAUUUACCGUACAUUCAUGGCUACUGAGAGGGGCUAAAUUUCUGUCAAAACUAAUCAGGAUUUUCCAUAAAUUAGUUUGUUUGUUUAUCGUGAUUACUCGGAAAUAUUUAUUUUGUUGGUAAAUGCUUCGAAAUGUAUCUAAAUUCAAAAAUUCAUGAACGAAAAAAAUACUUCACAAAUUCUCAUAUUUUUUUCUAUAAGGUAAAAGAUUCUUGUUAUGAAACUGAAUGAUCUCGACUCAGUAGUUGUUUCUGAUAAAUGGUUUACAUAACCAUUAAAAAAUACGCUUCAAAACACUAAAACAAAAAUAUAUGUCUAGGUGCAAAAUCUUCAUAAAGAGUGAUGUAUGAAAGUCUACGUUCAGUUUCUUUAAAAUUCAAAAGACGAUAUUAUGAUAGUCGACUUUAAAAGAAUGGGCUAUAUAUCCGUGAAAAAAAGAUUUAGAAAACUGGUUAUUCUUUUGCGAGUCUUCCCAAGUAAUCCCUCUUCGAUUUGCUUGUUAUACUCACCGCAUACAGCAACGGUCUGAAGCUACAUUUUUCUCAUCUCACGCCUUUCUCCAAGAAAUUAUUAUGUACAUAACAAAAAUAUAGAUAUAUUUUC